AUCAUGAUCAGUGUCAGAAUCUGCCAGUGCACGCGUCUUCUUCCUUGCUCGUUUUUGCUGCGGCUUUCCUUGUGUGCGCAACGUGCUACGUGCUUGUAAGUUGUAGGUAUUAUUUCCUUGCAUGAGGUGGUGACAAUUCCAGCUCCGGACUGAGCAUAACACAGGGGUGUCUGAACAUGAGAGCGGGAAGCGGGACGUUUUGUAGUACCUUUAUGUUGCUGCAGUCCAUUUGUAACCCUACAUUACCCUGCGUUCGGCAAUUGGCAACAGACGAUAACGCCUUACAAAGCAAUUGAGCUGGCACGAAAUCGAUCACACAUCUGGACGUUGUCUGGGUAAUUGGAAUUGAGUAGCCUGUAAUCAGCUUCAGCAAUUGCUGAAAGAAACAAAAGUUUUAAGGCAAGGAUAAGGUCGUCCCCGGAGGCUAGCGCCGCAGAUUGGUUUUUCCUUUGCAGAAAAGAUCUCGAUUCAAGAAUUGCAGAUUGUGGCAGAGCUAAUUUUGGAUGCUGGGGAAUGACCUCAGGCAAAGUUAUGGCUGCUGGGCCAGGCAUAUGGAGUCAGGCCCUCAUAAAGUCACCUGUCUGCGACGUGUCAUUUGCCGCAGUGCAGGCAAAUGCAAUCAUGGAGGAUGCGAGCCAGGUAGUGAUUGGGCCCGAGGGUUUCUUUGUCACUGUGAAUGAUGGACAUGGAGGGGCAGAGGCCAGCCGGUUUGCAACUGACAAUCUGUACAAGCAUUUACAAGUCCAUGCUGCGGAGGAGGGCGGCCUGGGCGUGCCCGCGCUGCAGCACGCGUACGAGGCCCUCGAGGCCAGCUUCACUGAGCUCGUCUCUCGCAGCUUCGAGGAGCAUCCGCGGCUGGCGUGCGUCGGGACGUGCUCGCUCUCGGGUCUAGUUGCCGGCGACGGCGAGCAACUGAUUGUUGGGAACUUGGGGGACACGCGCGCGGUGCUGGGGACGAGUAGCGGGGCAGUGAAGAAGUCAGAUUCGAAGAAAGGUUUGAUACGCUCGCAUGGGGACGACGAGUCGGUCAGCGCAGUGCAGCUGUCAACGGACCAUAACGUAAACAUUGCGGAGGAGCGGCGGAAGAUGGAGGAGCGCUUCCCGGAAGACAAGGAGGUCGUUAUUGACACGCGGGGAUCAUACCGAGUGAAGGGGCGAAUACAGGUGUGCCGAACGAUCGGUGACGUGUACAUGAAGCACCAGGAGUUCAACCAGUCCCCCCUCCCGCCCUCCAUCCAACUGAAAGAGCCGGUGACGACGCCAUAUCUCCUCUCAGAGCCCGCGAUCCACGUGCGUACGCUUCAGCCGGGAGACCAAUUCGCCAUCUUCGCGACGGACGGGCUGUGGGACCUGUUGUCCAAUCAGGAGGCGGUUGACAUGGUGGCGCGCCAUUCGAAGGAGGGGAUUGCGAAACGGCUGAUCCGAACGGCGUUGGAGCGGGUCGCCAAGCGGAUUGACGUCAAGUAUGCGGAGCUCGAGCGGCUCGGGGUUGGGCAGCGGCGAAACUUGCACGAUGACAUCACGGUCGUUGUCGUCUUCUUCAAGCCUUUCCCGAAAGUACGGACAAACAUUCCGCUCAAAAUAGUGAAGGGGGGCGAAGAUGCCGGAUCCGCUUGGGGCACGGAGCCCCCCAGCCCGAAGGGCAACCUGCGUCUGCACACGACAACGAACAGGCUGAUGCACUCCUUAGCUUGCUCGUGUUGCAUGGUUGACGACUGAAUUCAAUGAUGUUACUAAGGCUCUGUACAGUAAGUAAUGGAAGUAAAGGGUGAACAGCUUAAAUUCUUGGCUCUAGAAAUCCUCGCUGCAGCAAUUGUAGUCUGGUACCGCUGGAGGCUCAAGCUUUUCCUUGAAAUGAAGGAGGGUCUUUCCGGCGGCUUGAGGAGUUGUUGUGAGCUCGGUAAGUGCAACUUGAUUGAUCGAGAAGUGACGCCGAGGUAGCAACCUGGAGGGCUGUUGCAAGCUCGACAUAUCUUCCACUUUAGCUUAAGACUUCACAGAUGUUUUCGGCUACUGGUUCGAGCUAUCAGUGCAGCUAUUUGCGUCGAAUAAAGGAUUUGUGGCUGACAAAACCAUCAGCAUACGAAGCUUUAGGGUGCAGGCCGACUUAGGAGGUUCGUGUGAAGGUUUUGAUCCGAAUUGAUCCGUCCGAUCGUGGCCGGCCCCCGGCUGCCCGGCCUUGCGGGCACGAGGAUUUUUCGGAAGCUUUUUCGUGUAUGCUGUAUGCCGCCCGCCUUGCAU